CGUGCUCGCGGCCUACGAGGAGGUGAACGUAGGGUGAAGGCUGCUGUGGGGUGUCCAGCCCCAGUACAGCGUGUUGCCUUGCUCCGACUCCCGCUGACUGCGACUCUCCCUCCAGGUUAAGAGGAGUUAGGGAGACCCGCUGUAAAAGGGAGGCGACGGAGGCGAGGCCUGCGCACCUGCUGUGCAGGACCUUGUAAACUGUUGGCCUUGGUGACAAGACUGAUUGAGUAGGGCUCAGAGCUAGAGCCCGUGGACAGGUGUUACGGGUUCUUCUCCAGGUCAGGCCUGUUGGAGGCUUUCUUCGGGAAUCCUGGCUUCAAAUUUAUUCAUAAGGAAUUGUCUCCGUUAGAAACACAUAAAGGGCUUCAAAUCAUACCAGCCUUUUCUACUUCUUUCCAACCCUGCCUGCUUGUCUCCUUCACCCUCAGAUAGUGAAAUUGACACUAAUAUGCAAAGCAGGGUUUCCUAACCAUCCCUACAAGUUCUAGGCUCAGAAUUUGUAACUAAAGCUGAUGACUCUACCUUGAGUCUCUUGUGCCCUUGUCUUUGUGGCUAUGAGACUCAAGCAGUUGGCUCACUACUAGAGAAAUAAAGGAUAUUGCCAGAUUGACUCAGCUGCAAUGUCAGCUUCAAGUAAGAGGAUGACCAGUUCUUCACGUUCCCAAAUCUUUCUAAUGUGGAAGCCAGACAAGGCUCAGAGUGGACCGCACAGUACUGAAAAGGAAGCCCUUGCUUCAAGACUCUUGCGUGACAGUGAGACUUGUCGACAGAAUUUUAGGAAUUUUCCAUACCCAGACCUGGCUGGUCCUCGAAAAGCAUUGAAUCAACUCCGAGAGCUCUGCCUUAAGUGGCUAAGGCCUGAGAUUCACUCAAAGGAACAAAUCCUGGAACUGCUGGUGCUGGAGCAAUUCCUGACCAUCCUGCCUGGGGAGGUUAGGACCUGGGUGAAGUCUCAGUACCCAGGGAGCAGCGAGGAAGUGGUGACUCUGGUGGAGGAUUUGACUCAGAUUCUAGAAGAUGAAGCUGCUCCUCAGAACUCUGCCCUUUCCCGAGAGACCCAAGAGGAAGACCCUAAAGGAAGACAUGCUUUCCAGGCAGGGUGGCUAAAUAAUCUGGUGACCAAAGAAUCAAUGACAUUCAGAGAUGUGGCUGUGGAUAUUACCCAGGAAGACUGGGAGCUAAUGCGUCCUGUACAGAAGGAAUUGUACAAGACCGUGACGUUACAGAACUAUUGGAACAUGGUUUCUCUAGGACUGACAGUGUACAGACCAACUGUGAUUCCCAUAUUGGAAGAACCAUGGAUGGUGAUAAAAGAAAUCUUAGAAGGCCCUAGUCCAGGACAGGAAACAGAAGCUCCAGAUUGUAAUCCAGUUAAAAACAUUCCUAAAUUCACAACAGAUGGAACCCAGACCGUCAAAUUGGAAGAACCAUAUGAUGAUGGUGACAGAUUGGAGAGAAAAGCACCAGAUAACUUCAGGAAAAUUCCCACUGAAGAAAGUAAUUUCAGUUUGAAGUCAGUUUUUUCACAAGCAGAUGAUCCUACAGAAGAGUAUCUUAGUAAAUAUGGUAUAUAUGGGAAUCAUUUUGAAAGGCAUUCAAACCUAAUAAUACAGUUUGAUACUGAGUCAGAUGAUAAAACUUCUAUAUAUAGUGAAGGCAGGGCAACCUUCAGUCAUGUCUCAUAUGGUAUUGUACAUAGGAAAAUUUAUCCUGGAGAGAAGCCUUAUAAAUGUAAUGUGUGUGGGAAAAAGUUUAGGAAAUACCCAUCCCUCAUGAAACACCAAAGUACCCAUACCAAAGAGAAGUCUUAUGAAUGUGAAGAGUGUGGAAAAGAGUUUAGGCACCUCUCAUCCCUUAUUGCACAUCAGAGAAUGCAUACUGGAGAAAAACCAUAUGAAUGCCACCAAUGUGGUAAAGCCUUCAGCCAGCGAGCACACCUUACUAUACAUCAGAGAAUUCAUACAGGAGAGAAACCAUAUAAGUGUGAUGACUGCGGGAAAGACUUUAGUCAGCGUGCACACCUUACUAUACAUCAAAGGACACAUACUGGAGAGAAACCAUAUAAAUGCUUGGAGUGUGGUAAAACCUUCAGCCACAGUUCAUCACUGAUCAAUCACCAGAGAGUUCAUACUGGAGAAAAACCUUAUAUAUGCAACGAGUGUGGGAAAACUUUCAGUCAGAGUACACACCUUCUUCAACAUCAAAAAAUACAUACUGGCAAGAAACCAUAUAAAUGCAAUGAGUGUUGGAAGGUAUUUAGUCAGAGUACGUACCUUAUUCGACAUCAGAGAAUUCAUUCUGGAGAGAAGUGUUACAAAUGUAAUGAAUGUGGAAAAGCCUUUGCUCAUUCUUCAACUCUUAUUCAACAUCAAACUACUCACACUGGAGAGAAAUCCUACAUAUGUAAAAUAUGUGGGAAAGCCUUCAGCCAGAGUGCAAAUCUUACUCAACAUCAUAGAACACAUACUGGUGAGAAACCAUAUAAAUGCAGUGUGUGUGGAAAAGCAUUCAGCCAGAGUGUACACCUUACUCAACAUCAGAGGAUUCAUAAUGGAGAAAAACCCUUUAAAUGCAAUGUAUGUGGGAAAGCAUAUAGACAGGGUGCAAAUCUUACUCAACAUCAAAGAAUUCAUACUGGAGAGAAACCCUAUAAAUGUAAUGAAUGUGGGAAAGCUUUUAUUUAUUCCUCAUCACUUAAUCAGCAUCAGAGAACUCAUACUGGAGAAAGACCUUAUAAAUGUAAUGAAUGUGAUAAAGAUUUUAGCCAGAGAACAUGCCUUAUUCAACACCAGAGAAUUCACACAGGAGAGAAGCCCUAUGCAUGCCGUAUCUGUGGUAAAACUUUCACUCAGAGUACAAACCUUAUUCAGCAUCAGCGUGUUCAUACAGGUGCCAAACAUCGUAAUUAAUGUAUGUGCAAGACUAUUAGGUGUUACAACUUAAUCAUUUAAAUUUUAUUCUGUACUCUGAGUGUUAACACAUUAUCAGAAGAAGUGCAAUAUGCUUGUAUGUCAGAUACCACUGAACAGAAGUAGCCAAAUUCAUAAUGUGGAUAUAAUUUAUUUAAAUUUAAUGUGAAAUUUGAGAACAUUCACUGUUUAACCUUUACUUGGUUUAUUCCAGAAAGAAACCCUGUGAAAAGAGUACUCAGAAACCUGUAACUCACCAACUCUUACUGUAUUUCAAGUACUCCGUGAGGCCUUAUGAAUGUAACUUGUGAAAGCUUCCAUCAAGUAAAGAGUAAUCCUGGGGAGAUAGAAAAGCUGCUUUUGGGCUUUUACUUCUUCCCAGCUUCAAAGCCUUAAAUAUGUAAAGGGUUCCUCCCACUUUUCACCUUCCUUUUCAUAUUAUGCCAUAACUGCUAUGUGGCGCUAGUAGGUUUGAGAAAAAUUGAAAGUAUCUUAAAGGUUUCUAUGUGGUGACUGUUUAAUUAUACUUUGUUUUAAAUACUGAAAUAUUCAAGGAGGAGAACCUUAAUGAAAGAUGAUGUUUGGAUAGAGAAACUAAUGUGUACAUAACCCUUAGACAUGUACAAAUUUAGUGAAAUGGGCAAAAAUGAAACACCCAUGCUUAAAAUAAUUUUUAGAACAGUCUUAGUUUCAUUAGGUUUUUUCCUAUUAUUUAUUUAUUUAUUUUUAUUAUAUUUUUAUUACUUUUUAUUACAUUAGUUUCACUAGGUUUUGAUAUCUGUCAUCCUGUAGGAAAAAAUAAGAAUACAGUUUUCAUUUUUUUCACCUGACACUGAAAUGUAUAACUUAAGGUUCCCGAUACUGUUUUACUGUAUAAAGUCCAUUUCUUCCAUUGAAACACAUAUUUCUUGAGUGCCUACUGUGCUCAGGGCCCACACUUCCUACUUGAUCCUUCCCAGGCUUCCUGUAGUGCUAUAAAAGCUUUCUACAUUAAUGAAAAAUUAGGACAUAAUGAAAGUAAGGACAUGGGCUUAACUAUAACAAGUGUGUUGUGAAUGAAUGAGUAUAGAAAACCUAAAAUGGGUUGCCAAAUUUGACCCUGUAGAUCCUAAGGAGUAAUAAAAAUAUUUAAAUAGUGUGAGAAAAAAGUAAUGAAAAAUAGAUAUGAUUUCAGUGCAGAAAGUGGGUCAGGGAAGAAAAGGUGAAGAGAGGAAAGAAUACAUAGGUAACUUAUAACAUGAAAUGUUAUUGGACUUGGUUGACUUAAAAAUAAAUGAGUAACUGAUGGGAUACAAAGCAUAAUUCAUUCUGUUUCUGUAAAAAGAAACCAAUUUUUUUCACCAGAAAAAAAAUUCAAUGGAAAAAGCAUGGAUAUAGAAACUGUCAUUGGUGUGGUAAUCAUUAAACAGUAAUAACUGAGUUUGUCAUAGUCCUAAACAGCAUAAAAGGAAAACUGGCAGAAAUGCAACUAGAAAUAAGUAAAAAUACUAUUGCAUUUAAUAUCCACAGCAUCCCACUUUCAGAAUAUAAGACCAUAUUCCAAGAGCUGAGGUUUCAUAUUGCUCUGGUUUCUUCAGUGCCUUGCAUAUAUAGCAGGUGGUCAAUAUAUGUUGAAUUAGUGAAUAAAUAAGUUGAGUAAUAAGGUAGAAUUAACUGAAAUGGAGUGAAAUUGGUAGAAUAUUUUGUACAUACCUGCAAAGAAAUAUUUACCAAAUACUGGUCAUUGAUUAGUUCAUUGGAACUACUUAAUGAAAAACCGGAAUCCCCAGAUAUUAACAGUGGGGAUAUUCCUAAGAAAUCGUGGGACAUCUUUGUACAGGCAAUUUUCCUGAGCUAGAAGAGGAAAAGUCGAUAUAAAUUCUGGCACCAAAAAUACCAAUUUAAACAUGUGUUGACCAUGUGGCUUCAUGUGGACGCGACUUUAUAUAAACAUUCUACAAAGAGUUGCUGAAGGAAAGACA